AUGUGGUUAAAAAAGCAACCUGAACCAGACGUACAGCUGUCAAAAAGAGACCAGAUCAUUCUGGACAAAUACAACGAACGUGUACGGAAAUUCGACGAGAUGUUCAAACUGUGCUGUUGCUGGAUAGGCUACGACGUUCUUCUUGACUUUAUUCCUAUUGUUGGAAAGGUAAUUUCUCUUGGCUUUGCACUUUCUCUAUACCAACUAGCAUGCAAAGCCGACCUUCCGAAAUCUAUUCGCCAGCGUAUGAUAUAUCACCUCAGUGUUGAUUUUCUGCUUGGAUUGAUCCCAAUCCUAGGUAUCCUACUCGAUAUGUUAUACCGAGCUCACAGUAAGAAUGCUCGUAUAUUGAGACGGUUCAUGUAUGAGAGGGCAAGAAAUGGAACGGUAAUAGCCGAACAAGAAGCUAUGGCAGUUGAUCUCACUUCUCUUGGCCCACCUCCGAACAAUCCGCGUACUAUUGAAAAAGAAGAAUAG